ACGUGUAGCUUCUUUGAUUUUUGCUAGGCGGCCUGUCAACAGUUUUUCAUCAAAAAUCGCUGAAAAGUUUAAAGUUCUAGAUUAUAACUACUUAUUUUUACUGUUUAAUAGCAGUUGUGUUUGCUCCAAGUGAAAAACAUUGUUUCUAUCACCAACUUUUGCACAUUCCAUCAGAAAUUCACUGAAAACCGCUCGCUGUUGAAAAACAACAAUGGCGGCCAGGACUAGCCGAAUUGACGAAAGUGCUGACGAUGGAGUUCCGGCUGAAUUUUGGGAAAAUUUCCUGGAGGAUACGAUCAUGGACGACAUGAACGAAAUGCCUACGGAGGAACAAACCAAGAAAAAGAAGGAGGAAGAUCUGGAGAAGGUGAGGAAGUUCAACGAGGCAUGGAACAUAGCUCCACCGGUCGAGGAAACCCGGGUUGUGGUAAUGGAACGGCAACCAGAUCCAACACCGGAACCGGAAUCAAAAUCCCUUCCGGAGCCGGAAACGAAGACGUUACCGGGGGACGAACCACAUACCGUGGAAAGAUCGGUAUCGCCGGAUGAUUGUACGCUCGUUUCAGAGGUUCGUGAAACGAUUGCUCUUGACGACGAACCAGUUCCGGAAAAUUCGGUGGUUGUAAUUCCUUCAGAGGGGCAAGCCAAGGAUCCUCGUUUGAAGCGUCUAGAGGACUCCUCAGUACAAAGUCCCUCUAGUCCAACACAAGAAUCUAGGAAUCUGGAGUCAAGUCAAGGUCCACGGUACUUCCAAAGAGAUACGGAUCGUGAUCGGGAGGAGCAGUUACGUCGAGAGAGGGAAGAUUUCGAAAGGGCUAGAAGUCGCCUCCGUGGCCGUAGUCCGCAAGUAGUUUCGGAUGAGGAUGAUGAUGACUCGAGGCAUCGAUUCGGCAGGGCACGUUCCCGUUCCCGGUAUGGAAGAAGCAAUUCUCGUACUCGAUCUAGAAGCCCGAGACGAGGUCGUAGCAGCCGCAGGUCCCGAUCACGGAGCCGAGAUCGCAAUUCACACUCACGGCGUAACUCUCGGUCGCGAUCUGGAUCUCGGGCGCGGCGAUCCUUUGCCGACGAAAUGAGGGACAAACUCAGCAACGCAACAGGGAACUCGGACGCACCGGCAUCGGUAAUGUCUCAGAUGUCUGCCAUGAUGCAGAUGAUGAUGGAUCCGAAGAAUAUGAACAUGAUGAAUAUGAUGAACCCCAUGAUGGCCAUGAUGAUGAAUCCGAUGAUGGCCGCGGCUACAGCGGCCGCUUCUAAUGCCAGCAAAUCCACAGGGUCGGGGACAAACGAUCAGCAGGACAAAAAAGACGACAUCACAGCACAGCUUUUUGUCGAUGGCAAGAUUAACCUAUCAGAUUAUUUGGCAUCUAAGAAUCAUCAUGAUGGAAAAAAAUCUUCAAGAGUCAGCUCAAAAGUGGUACAACGUAUCAAGGAGGCAAUCGGGAUUUUGGACAAACAGGAAACUAAACUUCAAUCAGCUAAAUUUUUGUAUGUAGCUCCUACAUACCAUUCAGAUUUGAAGAAGCUGGACAAUCGAUCGCCGCUGAUAUGGAACGAUCAGAAUGUGUUGUAUGCCAUGAGCAGCAAAUCGAAGGACGUCGUUCUGUGCGAACCGUUCCGCAAUGUCAACCAGAAGAUGAAGCAGAUGAUCGACAGGCUGGGUCUUGACGAGGGUAACGUUUCUCAACGCAUUGCUCAGCGCAAACGAGAAUUCGAAGCUAAUCAAUCGGUUGCCGACGUGGGUACUAUCCAAGCGAUUACAAUCGUUCCUGUAAGAGGUGGUGCAGCUACCAAGCGUAUUAUUGACCGUUCAAUUCAAACCGAAGACCUUGGAUGUUUCGAGUGUGUACAGAGACGUAAUAAAACGUACGUAUCAGCCACCACUCAAACUCAAACGCGAGCCCGUACAGCGGAAAUCAGUGUUCAAACUGACCGUGACCGAAACGUAGAAAUGAAUUCAAUGAGUGAUCUGAAUGCCAACCAAGUUAAGAUCAUCAAUGAAAUUAUGAAGUACAUGAAGAGACGUCAGGUAUCGGGAAGCAUUACCAAUCUGAUGCAUAAUUUGGAGCGAGAUGCGCCGGAGCUUCGAAACCAACACUUGAAUGCCGGAUUGCAUUACGUUUCGGAAAUCCAUGAAAGAAAUGAGCGAAAUGCAACUCGUUAUGCUGGUCCCAAUCCAUUCAGUGCGAAUAGCCGUGGUUCUCGGGAUCCUAGGCAGGCAAAAUCUUUCGAGGAUUCGCAUCGUGGAGUUGAUUUCGAUGCCAUCAAUCAAGUGACAUCGCUGAUGCCGGCCGGUUUCCGUAAAUCACCUGAUCGUCAACCCAACAGAGGCUACAGGCGUCAGUGGUAGGUAUCCGUUGAUGUGUUGAAUCGUUAGAUGAUCGCCGCAUAAUCUUUCAAAAUUGAACUAACAAACAUACAUUUAAAUGAUUCAAAGAUA